CCGGGGCUCCUCAGCGGCCGCGGCCAUGACGCAGGGCCCGGGUGGCCGCGCGGCCCCCGAGCCCGAGGCGCCCACCACCUUCUGCGCACUGCUGCCGCGGAUGCCGCAGUGGAAGUUCGCGGCGCCGGGUAGCUUCCUGGGCCGCGGACCCGCGGCGGCGCGCGUGGCGGGGGCGGCAGAGGCGCAGCCGGAGCCCGGGGUCCCCGCGCUGGCCGCUGUGCUGGGCGCCUGCGAACCGCGCUGCGCCGCGCCCUGUCCGCUGCCCGCGCUCGGCCGCUGCCGGGGCUCGGGGACACGGGGCGCGCGGGUGACGCCGGAUGUUGCCGACGAGUGGGUGCGCAAGGGCGGCUUCAUUCACAAGCCGGCGCACGGCUGGCUGCACCCCGAUGCCAGGGUCCUGGGGCCCGGGGUCUCUUACAUCGUUCGGUACAUGGGCUGCAUCGAGGUGCUCCGAUCCAUGCGCUCCUUGGAUUUCAAUACCCGAACGCAGGUGACAAGGGAAGCCAUCAAUCGACUCCACGAGGCUGUGCCGGGUGUCCGAGGCUCGUGGAAGAAGAAGGCCCCCAACAAGGCACUGGCCUCCAUCUUGGGAAAGAGCAACCUGCGAUUCGCCGGCAUGAGCAUCUCGGUCAACAUCUCCGUGGACGGCCUUAACUUGUCUGUUCCCGCCACCCGCCAGAUCAUCGCCAACCAUCAUAUGCAGUCUAUUUCCUUCGCUUCGGGCGGCGACACGGACAUGACUGAUUAUGUGGCCUAUGUGGCCAAGGACCCCAUCAACCAGAGAGCCUGCCACAUCUUAGAAUGCUGUGAGGGUCUCGCCCAGAGCGUCAUCAGCACCGUAGGGCAAGCCUUUGAGCUGCGCUUCAAGCAAUACCUGCACAGUCCGCCCAAAGCUGUGGUGCCCCCUGAAAGGCUGACGGGGCUGGAGGAGUCGGCCUGGGGCGACGACGCGGCUGGCGUGGACCACAAUUACUACAACAGCAUUCCAGGCAAGGAGCCACCCCUGGGCGGGCUGGUGGAUUCCAGACUGGCUGUCACACAGCCCUGUGCGCUGGCGACGCUCGGAGGCCUUGGACAGGGAAUGUCGCCGGCAUGGAGAGAUGCUCGUGGCUUGCCUUGGGACGUGGGCCCCUCUGGAGCAGCCCUGCCUGGGGACGGCUAUGUGCAGGCAGAUUCCCGAGGGCCGCACGACUAUGAGGAGCACCUGUAUGUGAACACGCGGGGCCUGGACACCGUGGAACCCGAGGACGCCUCUGAGGCACCUGUACAGCUCGAGGCCAGCCCCAAGAAGGACCUGUUUGACAUGCGCCCCUUUGAAGAUGCCCUGAAGUUGCACGAGUGCUCAGUAGCAGCAGGCAUCGCUGCAGCCUCACUGCCUUUGGAGGACCAGUGGCCCAGCCCCCCUACCCGCAGGGCCCCCAUUGCACCCACAGAGGAACAACUGAGGCAGGAGCCCUGGUACCAUGGCCGAAUGAGCCGUCGGGCUGCAGAGAAGCUGCUUCGUGCCGAUGGGGACUUCCUGGUGAGAGACAGCAUCACCAACCCGGGCCAGUACGUCCUCACGGGCAUGCACGCCGGGCAGCCCAAGCACCUGCUGCUCGUGGACCCCGAGGGCGUGGUGCGGACAAAAGACGUAUUGUUUGAGAGCAUCAGCCACCUCAUAGACUAUCACCUGAAGAACGGGCUGCCCAUCGUGGCUGCUGAGAGCGAGCUGCAUCUGCGGGGCGUGGUCUCUCGGGAGCCGUGAGCCAGGUGACAGCCCUCAGCCCAACUUCUACCCCCAGAUGUGGGCCUUGAGCAGCCUUUCUCUCAGACCCUGAAGCCACGAGAAUCAGAAUGGUUACCACCUCUCCUUCCACAAGAGCCUCAGGAAACCGCCUUUUCCCGGCUGCACUCGCUCGGCUGCCUGGGCCAGUGAGGCAGAGUCAGGGUUCAAGCCCCUGGUCCCACCUGAGCCCCAACCCUGAACUUGGGUGAGGCUGUAUAAACCAAAGACAGACCGAGUCGCCUUUAACGAAGACAUCCAAAUGCAGGCCCUGUGCCUCUGGCCCCGGUGUGGGGAGGGACAUCAGGCUGUGUCCGCGGGGUGACGUGGACAGCUCUGUGCGGGCAGGUGUCCUGCCUAGCUGGGCUCUGAGGGCCUAGAUGCACUGUUGCUUUUGGGGGUGAUUAAGGUGCUUUUGGGUCUCAGAUCCCUAAUGGGGGAGCGGCUGGGGGCUUGCCUGGCAUGUGGGGCAUCCUGGUGAGUGAGAGGCAGACGGCCCUCAGUGAGGUGUGGCGUCCACUUAGCUUCCCGGCUGUCACCUGCCUGGACCUUCAACUGUAAUUAAACACAGGGUUGAGCGCAAGCCUGCGCAAGCCUGCUGUGCCUGCUAGGGAUUCCCAGGUGGACAACCGAGGCUGAGGGAGAAGUUGUGUGGAGCCCCAGGGCUGGAGGAGACAGUGGGCUAGGUGGGCCUGGGGGUCCCCCAGCACCCCACCCCCUGGAGCCCAACAGUGAACAAGCGUCUGGUUUUACUCCAAGAUAAAUCGGGCUCUCUCUCUCUCUCUCUCUCUCUCUCUCUCUGUUUGAAGUUUCCCCAGUCCUUUCUUGGAGACACUGUGCCUCACCUAGGGAUUCCUGCACACAGGCCCUGGGGAGGACCGGGAUCCUCUUUGUGGUUCCGGAGUACUUGCCAGGACGGCAUGGGAGUAAAAGGUUCCUUCUGCCUCAGACAUGAGACACCAUUAAAGUCAAAGUUACAGGUCA